AGAAGAAGAAAAAGAACAGAUUUUUUAUAAUAGCAAUUUAGACGAAGCUUCUAAACAGUAAUUUUUCUUUGCUGUGCCAAAAAAAAGGAGAAAACAGAGAAAAAAAAAGGAGGAAAAAGAAAGAGAAGAACAAGGCAGAGGAGGUACACAAUCACAUAGCCACAACCGAGAAGAGCUUCCCAAUUCCAAUUUGCACCCACCCUCCCAACCCAAAGUCUUCUUCCCCAGGCUCCAGCCGGCCAAGAACCGCGCGCAGCAAGGCAGAGCACCCUUCCUUUCCUUCACCGGGGAUGCAGACGGCGGCGGCGGCGGUGGCGUGGGCGCCGGGCCUAUCGCCGUCCACCUCCUCCUCGCCUUCCGUCUUCAAGGUGGGGAUUGCGUCGCCCUGCGGGACGGCAGCUCCUGCUUCUUCUGCGCCGAGGUUGGUCGCCGCGUCCGGCCGCCGGCGGUGGCGGCAAGUGGUUCGAGCUAUUGCCAACCCAGACCCAGCCGUCGAGCUGCCAUUGACUGAUGAAAAUGUUGAGAUGGUGUUGGAUGAAGUGCGACCGUACCUUAUGGCAGAUGGUGGUAAUGUUGCAUUGCAUGAAAUUGAUGGGAAUGUUGUGAGGUUGAAGCUGCAAGGCGCAUGUGGGUCAUGCCCAGCUUCAGUAACAACGAUGAAGAUGGGCAUCGAGCGCCGCUUGAUGGAGAAAAUACCAGAGAUUGUUGCAGUUGAACCCAUCGCAGAUGAGGAGACUGGGCUUGAGUUGAACCAAGAGAACAUUGAAAAGGUACUUGACGAGAUUAGGCCGUACCUUGCUGGCACAGGAGGUGGUGAGCUCGAGUUUGUUGCAAUUGAGGAACCAAUCGUCAAGGUUAGGCUUACCGGUCCAGCCGCUGGUGUGAUGACUGUCCGUGUAGCGCUGACUCAGAAGCUUCGUGAAAAGAUCCCAAAAAUCGCAGCUGUCCAGCUAUUGUCAUAAGAUUAGAAAAUUUAGAAGCCAGCCACCACAAUCUACAAUGCAAAUGUGCAACUGCAAUGAUCUUAAGAAGUGAUGUGUUGCCUCCUGAGUAUCAUUUGCCUCCACUUCAGCUAUUAACUGUGAUCAUCGAUACAGAAUGUUGCAAGGGUGUUCUUGCCACAUUUAUAACAGAGUUUUGGUUUCUGUCUACAA